AUGAAGAACUUCCUUUCCAUCCUUGGCGGCUCUCUCGCCGUACUUAUCUCCGCAGCCAACGGUGUCCCUCUCUUGGGCUCUAGGCAAGACCUCGGCUCCUAUUGCGGUGAGCUUAGCAGCGAGCAGCAGGGAGACAACAUUGAUGGGGCGGCCGGCAAUAACACCCACCUCAUGAUCACCAAGGACAAGUGCCACCCUAUGAUCCUCUGCGCUCCGGGUCUCGUCAACAAUGUCCGUCAUGUUAAGGUCUACUCUCAGUGUGCUUGCUAUCUCUGGACCAACCCGACUUGCGGUAGCACGGCCGAGGGCGUCGGCGUCAACUUGGAUGUCGACCUUCCCAAAAACCUGGACAAGCAGGUUGGCUCCUACUGGUGCAAGCCCGCUCCCAACGACACAAUCCCCGUGUCCAUCCUCUCCGAUGCCUCCACUACCGAUCUCACCUGCAAGCUGGAUCAUCCAGAUAGGAAACCCUUGAGUGAGACUUCCGCUAGCGAGGUUGAGAAGCGUGUCGCUGCUCCUGAAUCUCUUGUUGAUACUCCCGAACUGUCUGCGCGGAAUGCUACUUGCAAUUAUGUCGCGGCCGACCAUGAUGGCAAGGGCACUCUACUGUUCCUCGACACAGAAGAUGUGUGCCAUGUCCUGCCACCAGAGCUAGAUGAUCGGGUCAGCUCUUUCAAGCUCUGCCCUGGCUGCGAGUGCGCCUUUUGGACAGAGCCCAAGUGCUCCGGCAAGCCAGCCAUCAGCGGGUAUGGAGGCGAUCUUCAUAACUUGGCUGGUGCUUUGGACGAUUCGAUCAGCGCUUACUUCUGCCGCUGUGCUCAACCACUGCCACCCGUCAAGCGCGUUGAGUCUCAAGAUCUAACCUCGCGCGCCGAUACGUGCGGCUUCUUCACUACCGAACAUGGAGGCCAGGGCAACUCCGGGUUCAUGUACAAGGAUGAGCAAUGCCAUACUUUCCCACCAGGGUUCGACAACGGGGUCAGCUCCAUUCAUGUCUCGGAUAACUGUGAAUGCUCCUUCUGGCUUGAACAUCAUUGCAUCAGCUGGCCCGACGUCCGCGGCUCAAACGCCUUCAAGGACCUAGAUGGCAAAUUCGACAAGGAGCUCAGCACGUACUCCUGCAGCGGUACGGGAUCCAACACCAAGACUGGAUUCUUCUACGGUGGAGACAAUGUCACUAGCAUCGAGGCUAGGGACCCCUGCAUUGAGUGCCCCUGCGAUGGCCUCGACGGGCCAUGUCAUUGCGUCCCGAACGGAUGCUGCUGCACCUAGAACAGUGUGGGCGUGCAGAUCUGAUGGGGGUGGGGGGUUCACGAUUCAGAUGAUGAUAUGAUCAUAUGCUCUCCGCCGCGGAAGAAAUGGGGAGUAUUGCGGGACUACACUCUCCGCUCAUCUUUUGAGGAUCGGCUAUGCUAGGCAGAGGCAUGAAAGGCUUUAUAGUUAGUCUUACGGGGGUCAAGAACCCUUUUGAAUGGAAAAUCAG